ACCCGAGCAAUAAAUUGUAGAAACACGGGCUCCAAUGAAGCAGAAGCGGUGUUUUGCUUGUAUAAUCCCUAAAACCCUAUAUCCAACUGAACCAAACCCUCUUUCCACCAAGCAGUAAUCAACAACCAUUCACCACAAGAUGAAUUUCAACAACGUGAAGAUCCCAAAGGUUCCUGGCGGUGGAAUCUCUGCUUUGCUUAAAGUUAGCAUAAUUGGUGGUCUCGCUGUAUAUGGGGCUACAAACACCUUGUACAAUGUUGAGGGAGGUCAUCGAGCUAUUGUAUUUAACCGUAUAGUUGGUGUCAAAGAUAAGGUCUAUCCUGAAGGAACACAUAUUAUGAUCCCGUGGUUUGAGAGGCCUGUGAUCUAUGAUGUUCGUGCACGACCUCAUUUAGUGGAGAGCACUUCAGGAAGCCGUGAUCUCCAAAUGGUGAAAAUUGGACUCAGAGUUCUUACUCGUCCUGUGCCAGAUCAAUUGCCAACAGUUUAUCGAACUCUGGGUGAGAAUUAUAAUGAAAGGGUCCUGCCUUCUAUUAUACACGAAACUCUCAAAGCUGUGGUUGCACAGUAUAAUGCCAGUCAGCUCAUUACUCAGAGAGAGGCUGUUAGUCGAGAAAUAAGGAAGAUAUUGACUGAAAGGGCCUCCCAAUUCAACAUUGCAUUGGAUGAUGUGUCAAUCACAAGCUUGACGUUUGGGAGGGAGUUCACGGCUGCAAUUGAAGCCAAGCAGGUUGCUGCUCAAGAAGCGGAGAGAGCAAAAUUUGUUGUAGAAAAAGCUGAACAAGACAAAAGAAGUGCUGUUAUUAGAGCACAGGGAGAAGCCAAAAGUGCUCAAUUGAUCGGUCAAGCUAUUGCCAACAACCCUGCAUUUAUAACCUUAAGGAAAAUUGAAGCUGCAAGGGAAAUCGCUCAAACAAUUUCAAAUUCUGCCAACAAGGUUUACUUGAAAUCUGAUGAUCUCUUGUUGAAUCUUCAGGAUUUAAAUUUGGAGCCCAGUGGGAAGAAAUAGUCAUGUUGCUGAAUUCACUAAUUUAUUUCAGUGUAUCUUGUUUCUCGUAUUAUGAUUGUAUUUCAAUUGUAUUCUAUCAACCAUUCACAUGAGAUUCAGCGUUGUAAACUGAAAUAUUGUCGAAAUGAUUGUGCCAUUAUCUUUUCAAGGGAACAUGUGAGAGACAAGAGAGGUUCAAUAAGGUUUUAUGGAUUCAGUACUUGUGUUCUUGAAUAGAUUCCAUCCUCCAUCUUUGUUGGAUAUAUAA